CCAGCGCGCUGUGUUGGGAUAGUGGCAGUAUAAAGUAUAUCUUCCAUCCGAGACAGAUAAGAAGCGCCAGGCUAGAGGGGAUGAAGAUGGCGGACGCCAAGCAGAAAAGGAACGAACAGUUAAAGCGCUGGAUAGGCUCGGAGACCGAUCUCGAGCCGCCCGUCCUGAAGAAGAAGAAAACGAAGGUGAAGUUCGACGAUGGCGCCGUGUUUCUGGCCGCCUGCUCGAGCGGCGAUACGGAGGAGGUGCUGCGAAUGCUCGACCGCGGCGCGGACAUCAACUACGCCAAUGUAGACGGACUCACCGCGCUGCACCAGGCCUGCAUAGAUGACAAUGUGGACAUGGUGACCUUCCUGGUGGAGCAUGGAGCCUGCAUCAACCAGCCCGACAAUGAAGGCUGGAUUCCCCUUCACGCUGCCGCUUCCUGCGGAUACCUCGACAUCGCUGAGUAUCUUAUCAGUCAAGGUGCAAACGUCGGUGUAGUAAACAGCGAGGGAGAAACGCCAUUGGAUAUCGCAGAGGAGGAGGCCAUGGAGGAGCUUCUGCAAAACGAGAUCAACCGGCAAGGCGUGGAUAUCGAGUCAGCCAGGAAAGAGGAGGAGCGGAUCAUGCUAAGGGAUGUGCGACAGUGGCUUAACAGCGGCCAGAUCAAUGACGUCCGGCACGCCAAGUCUGGGGGGACCGCACUACACGUCGCUGCAGCCAAGGGAUACACUGAGGUUUUAAAGCUUUUAAUCCAAGCAGGGUAUGAUGUAAAUAUUAAAGACUACGAUGGCUGGUCUCCGCUCCACGCUGCUGCACACUGGGGCAAAGAAGAGGCCUGCCGGAUACUAGUAGAGCAUUUGUGUGAAAUGGACAUCAUCAAUAAAGUGGGUCAGACGGCGUUUGACGUAGCUGAUGAAGAUAUCUUGGGAUAUUUAGAAGAGCUGCAAAAGAAACAGAAUCUGCUUCUGAGCGAAAAGAAGGAUGUUAAGAAGUCUCCUUUAAUAGAAACUACGACUACUGGGGACAAUAAUCAAUCUGUGAAACCACUGAAGAGUAAAGAAACACUUCUACUGGAGCCAGAGAAAACUGCCCCACGAAUCGAGACUCUGGAGCCAGAGAAGGUUGAUGAAGAAGAGGGGGAGGGGAAGAAGGAUGAGUCUAGCUGCUCUAGUGAGGAAGAGGAGGAGGAAGACUCAGAGUCUGAGAACGAAGCAGACAAGACCAAGUCUUCUGUUCCGUCGAGCAUUUCCAACAGUACACCUGCACCUGCGAUUCCUAGUACCACCGUCAUGUCCCCAACUACCCCAAGCAACCAGGUGACCACCCCAACUUCACCUACCAAAAAGGUGAGCACACCUACAGGGAAGGUGUCUCCUAAAGAGGAGGAGAGGAAGGAUGAGUCUCCUGCAUCGUGGCGACUGGGCCUGCGGAAAACCGGCAGUUACGGAGCACUGGCAGAAAUCAGCACAACUAAAGAGGCACAGAAAGAGAAGGACACAGCCGGGGUGAUGCGCUCGGCUUCUUCUCCUCGCCUCUCAUCCUCACUGGACAAUAAGGACAAGGAAAAGGAGAAGGAGAAGACACGCCUGGCAUAUGUUGCACCAACCAUCCCGAGGAGACACGUUAGCACAUCGGACAUUGAUGAGAAGGAAAACAGGGAUUCGGCUGCUAGUCUGGUACGUAGUGGCUCGUACACCAGGAGACGCUGGGAAGAAGACCUGAAGAACAGCGACGGAACCGCCUCACAAAACAGAACCUCCAGCUAUCAGCGCAGUACGUCUCACACGCUAGCGUUAGGCCGCACAUCUAGCUCUCGCGACCUGCCCGCCAAAUCCUCCUCUGCCUCCAGUCUGGAACCUAACAACUCUAAAGCCUGGCAGCAGCCUUCCUCCUACUAUCAGUCUUACAGCAUUCACCGCAGCGGGUCGUUUGGAAGGAGACAGGAUGAUGCUUUAAGUUCCACUUCUUCCUCCACCUCCACAACAACGACCUCCUCUGUUACCUCACCCACCGGACAUCGCAGCCUGCUGUCCAGGUAUUGGGCAGAAGAGAGUACGGACAAGGAGAAGGAGAAAGAAUCGGCCACGGUCAUCCCCACAAUCAACACUGCAGCCACCACCACUACCACCUCCACUACUGGAACUGUGCUGGGCUCUGACGGACGAGAGAGACGCAGAUCAUACCUCACCCCUGUGCGUGACGAAGAGUCCGAGUCUCAGAGGAAAGCCAGAUCCAGACAGGCGCGGCAGUCCAGGAGGUCCACACAGGGUGUGACCUUGACUGAUCUCCAGGAGGCAGAGAAGACCAUCGGUCGCAGUCGCUCCACACGGCCUCGAGAAGAGGAGAAAGAAGAGAAGGAGAAACAGGACAAGGAGAAACAAGAAGAGAAGAAAGAGACAGAGACCAAGGAGGAUGACUACAGGUCACGCUACCGCAGCUUUGAAGAGAAGUACCGGAGCACCUCCUUGGCCUCGACCACCACGGCCUCCUCCACCCUGCCUUCCUCCUCUUCUCUGUACAGCACCUCCUCUCUGAACCGGCCCAACAGCCUGAGCGGUCUCACUUCCACCUACAGCCGCACCACACGCGACACUGAGAGAGACUCUGAUAGAAAAGAUAAAAAUGAUGACAAGGACGCUGAAGACAAGUCUCAGCCACGCUCUAUACGUGACCGCAGACGACCUCGAGAGAAAAGACGCUCGACUGGAGUGUCCUUCUGGAACCAGGAUAGUGACGAGAACGAGCCAGAGGAGCCAUCGGACUCAGAAGAAGGCAGCACUAAAGGAGAGCCUCAGAGCGACAGACUAUCCAGGAAUGACCCUGUUUCUACUAGCACUUCCUCCCUCAACCGUUACGAGUCUUUGAGUAGCCGUGGCAUUGGGGAGAGCCGGCGACCGUACUCUCGCUUCGAAAGAGACGACACCACUGAUUAUAAGAAGCUUUAUGAGCAGAUUUUAGCUGAAAACGAGAAGUUGAAAGCUCAGUUACGUGAUACAGAACUGGAGCUGGCAGACCUGAAACUGCAGCUGGAGAAAGCCACGCAGAAUCUUCCUCAGGUAAAGCAGGUGCAGUCUCUGCGUCAGUAUAACGAGCGUUUGCAGGCAGAGAACAGGGCGCUGGCCCGCUCCUCCCCUCGAAUGUGUUGCUGUGAAGUGCAGUUCCUUUUGGAUGACUCCAGCAUCCUGCAUGAGACGCUACCAGACUUGAAAGCAGACAACCAGAGGCUAAAGGACGAGAACGGAGCGCUGAUCCGAGUCAUAAGCAAGCUUUCCAAAUAGAAAAGACCCUCUCCACAACCUCCGGCAGUAACGGUAUUGCACAUCUAGAUAUUAAUACGAGACAAUGGCGACAAGAAGGCUCCGUCUCCCCCUCCGUUUCUCAGUCCUCGGCUUUCCCUCGCUUCCACCGCCUCACCCAGAACCACUGCGUUUACAGAACUAAGGAAAAGCGUUAGGCGAGAGAAUGGCAUUGAACACUUUGCGGGCGGGGAAAGCCUCGAAAAACUAUUGAACCAAUAAGCCUUAGUUGUACAUACGUCACUUGCAUCAAAUUUCUCUUGGCUGUCACAGAACACCUGAUUUUAUUUGUGCCACACUUUUUGUGAUCUCUCCUUCUUUUUUUUUUUUUCUUUUUUGGUGGUUGUUGUUUUUUUGCUCCGCUCUUUAAUCUUCCUUCCUGUAUAGAUGUGUUAUGCAAUAUGCAGCUCUCUCCUUCCAUGUCCUCUUCCUGUCCUCAUCAGCCACGCCCCCUUCCCAAAUCGCGCUAGAAGUCCCGCCCUCGUCCUCAGAGGAACUGUCUCUCAACAGAAGACUUCCCAGCAUUCCACAAUGUUGGCGCACGCUCCGCACACUUCCUCCGCGAGAGAGACGACGGACCCCUGGCUUUACCGAUUCGGCGGACCUCGUGGAAUCGAAGCUUUCACUUAUGUGCAAUAUAUGCAUUUCUUUCUAUACAAAUGCUUUAAGAAUGUUCACUCUUUCACCACUUUCGUGGCUCACCCCGGUUUCCUUCCUCUACCCCCCCGACUUACUUUGAGUUUGUAGUGUAGUCGUUGGUUUAUAUCUUGUACUCCUCACGUUGUUUUAGCAGGUACUGAGUGAAGUUGUAUAUACCUGUAUGUAUCGUUUGAGACCAGCACAUGGCAUGCGUUUAUGGUUCCCUGUCUGUUACUAUUGAAAUCUACCAACUCCAGAGGACAAAGUGUGUUUUAACGAUUUCCUCCACCUUUUAUAUAGUUGGAAAAGACAUUGAAUAACAAUAGAGCCGCCCUCUUCAAAGAGGGACGGCUGCUCUUCUUCAGUGCAUUUUUUUUCUCCCCCCCUCUUCUUCUCAGUUUUAAAAGUGUUCACGGUAAUUGUGAGAUAAUAAUAUAAUUGCUUCACUACAUUUCACACAUUUUAUUCAGUAUCUUUGGAAGAGUGCUGUUCAUUUUUUUUUCUUCUCCUUUUUCCAGUUUGGUCUUUUUUCUUUUUCUUUUUUUUAAGCUGUAGUAUUAUUAGCCAAGGUGUUGUCACUAAAAAGAAGAUCCUAGAUAUCGCUAACCCAGUCCUUUUUACAAUGUCUACAUGCACUGUCAAUGCCAUGUCAGGAGUCUUGCUGUCCGGUUUAGCGAACUUUUGCCAGCGUGUCAGAUGAAGUCCAUGCAUCGGAAACACGUUUUAUGCAUUUCAGUGGCCUUUUACUUAAAUACUGUAGUCGGGGGGAAAAAAUGUCGCUGUAGUUGGACUGUCAGCUGUCUCCUCUUUGGUUUAGGUUUUUAAUUUGUCGUUGUUGUUUUUUUCCUUUUUAAAUUUCCCAUCAUCUUGUAAAAUAGAUGUGUGGCUUCAUCCGUGCAAGCUGUGCUGUGACUACCAACCACUGAGAGUUAAUUAAAAUAAACUUGUACAUUG